UAUGGCUGCGUGUGUGUGUGCAUGUGUGUGCGUGGAUCACAGUGGAUGUCUGAGUCUAGGCUUGGCACUGGCGCUCUGCCCCAGCCCAGAUUUCUAAGCCAAGAGAUGAGGGUCAGACAUGGCAAAGUUCAUGACACCUGGACAGAGGCUGCAGCUGCAGGGCCUGGUGGCCGCUGGAGAUAAAUGAUGGUGGCUGGAAACCGGGCAGGAACAGUAACCCUGGAAGUCAAAAUGCAAGGAUGACACCUCCGGAGGCCCCGGCCUCGCCCCCCCCAGCGCGCUAGGAGCCGUCCCAGGGCUCCAGCUGGGAGCCCUGCCGCCCAGGGGCAUGGCCAAACCUUUCUUCCGACUCCAGAAGUUUCUCCGCCGAACGCAGUUCCUGCUGUUCUUCCUCACGGCCGCCUACCUGAUGACCGGCAGCCUGCUGCUGCUGCAGCGGGCCCGAGUGGCCCUCCCCCAGGGCCCGCGGGCGCCCGGCCCCCUACAGGCACUGCCGGUGGCCGCCGUGGCGCUGGGCGUCGGCCUGCUGGACAGCAGAGCCCUCCAGGACCCCCGCGUCAGCCCAGAGCUGCUGCUCGGCGUGGACAUGCUGCGGAGUCCCCUGACUCGGCCCCGGCCCGGACCCCGUUGGCUUCGGAGCCGCAACUCCGAACUACGCCAGCUGCGGCGCCGCUGGUUCCAUCACUUCAUGAGUGACCCCCAAGGGCCGCCCGCCCUAGGCCCUGAGGCCCCCAGGCCAGCCGCGCACAGCCGAGGCACGUAUGUUGGAUGCUUCAGUGACGAUGGCCAGGAGAGGACGCUGAAGGGGGCUGUGUUUUAUGACUUGAGAAAGAUGACCGUCUCUCACUGCCAGGACGCGUGUGCUGAGUGGUCCUAUGUCUAUGCCGGCUUGGAGGCGGGUGCAGAGUGCUACUGUGGAAACCGACUUCCAGCAAUGCGUGUCGGGCUGGAGGAGUGUAACCAUGAGUGCAAAGGGGACAAAGGCUCCGUGUGUGGGGCCGUGGGCCGGCUGUCCGUGUACCAUGUGGAGGAGCUGCAGCCAGGCUCCAGGAAGCGGAGGACGGCCGCCUACCGGGGGUGCUUCCGACUGCCAGAGAACAUCACACAUGCCUUCCCAGACUCCCUGAUACAGGCCAAUGUGACCGUGGAGACAUGCUCAGGAUUUUGUUCUCAGAAAGAGUUCCCCUUGGCCGUCCUCAGGGGCUGGGAGUGCUACUGUGCUUACCCCACCCCCCAGUUCAGCCUGCGGGAUGCUGUGGACAGCACGCUGUGUGGCCAGGACCCCGAGACGCAGAGGCUGGCGGAGUACUGUGAGGUCUACCAGACACCUGUGCAAGACACUCGAUGCACAGACAGGAGGUUCCUGCCCACCAAAUCCAAAGUAUUUGUGGCUUUGUCAAGCUUCCCAGGAGCUGGGAACACGUGGGCGAGGCACCUCAUCGAGCACGCUACAGGCUUCUACACAGGGAGCUACUACUUUGAUGGAACCCUCUACAACAAAGGGUUCAAGGGUGAGAAGGACCACUGGAGGAGCCGGCGCACCAUCUGUGUAAAGACCCACGAGAGUGGCAGGAGGGAGAUCGAGAUGUUUGAUUCGGCCAUCUUGCUGAUCCGGAAUCCAUACAGGUCCCUGGUGGCUGAGUUUAACAGGAAAUGUGCCGGGCACCUGGGCUACGCAGCUGACCGUAACUGGAAGAGCAAAGAGUGGCCUGACUUUGUCAACAGCUACGCCUCGUGGUGGUCCUCGCACGUCCUGGACUGGCUCAAGUACGGGAAGAGGCUGCUGGUGGUGCACUACGAGGAGCUGCGGCGCAGCCUGGUGCCCACACUGCGGGAGAUGGUGACCUUCCUCAAUGUGUCCGUGAGCGAGGAGCGGCUGCUCUGCGUGGAGAACAACAAGGAGGGCAGCUUCCGGCGGCGUGGCCGGCGCCCUCACGACCUGGAGCCUUUCACCCCGGAGAUGAAGGACUUGAUCAAUGGCUACAUCCGGACAGUGGACAAGGCCCUGCGUGACCACAACUGGGCGGGGCUGCCCAGGGAGUACGUGCCCAGAUGAUAGGCCCCGGCUGCUCUGCCCGCCCCUACUGGGAGAUGCAGCCUUGCCACAGGGCUGCACACCUGCCCCUCUGCCUGGGCUGUGGCCACACUGGGACGUGUAGUCAGCAGGAGGCCCACUGGGUGCUGCUUCACAUGCAGGGAGCCCUGGACACACAGCCCACCCAGACAGACACACACAAAUGGACACACGCAAAUGAGCCCAUAUGUUCUCAGACACCACUCACGCUCACAGUGCCUGUAUUGAUGCACCAAAGCCACCCAUGCCAGGUGUGCCAGACACACCCAGACCUGCAAAUGCAGUCAGCAGGACGCAGCCACACAGAGGCCAAGUUAAGGGCUCCCAGGGGCUGGCUGCUGUCUCUUCCACACAAGGCACAUCCCCUGGGCUUUCAGCCCUGGUUUCCUGUGCUCGGCCCCGGCAUAGACUUGCUUUCAGGGGCCUUGACUCUGGGAGGCUGGGCUGGAUGGGUGUUUUUGCUCUGAGCCGCAAGGACCUUCAGAGUGACAUGGGUGGAAAUACUUGCUGCUGGGAGGUGCGUGUCUGCCAUCCCAUAAAUGUGUGUGGUGUGAUGCCCAGCACCGCAGACUCUGCAGCCUGCCUCUGUCUUCUCUGUGAUGGACUGGCUGUCCACCGUCACCCCCACCAAUGCAUAUGCUGAUCUCAGGACCAGGCACUACCAGUCUGUGCACCGCCCCACCCCUUCCAACUCAUCCUACAUCAGAGCUCCUCCCAGGGGAGCAUUGGUGCCUGGCUUCUUCCUCUGACUGUCCCCAGGGGAGCUGGGGAUUUAUACCAGGCCCCAGAAGCAGGCUGUGAGGGUCAAGGGCAGGGCAUGGGGAGAAGCCCAGGUCCUAAGGGAAUUCAUAUUCCACUAGGAGGAGGCUGGGAUGGGAAUGGGGAGGCCCUAGAGUGGAGCAUCUUGGAGAUCACUGGGACUGACUGCCCCACCAUGUUGACAAGCCCCCCGCUCUGUGUGGGGUCUCACACCACAGUCAUGAGGACAGAGUGGCUACAUGACCCGUCCAUGCGAACCUGGAAAGCCCUGGCCACAGUGUCUGCCUGCCCCCGCCCCCAGUUGUCAAGCCCUCUCCGUUCACCCAGCUAAUUUCUGCCACUGUUGCUUUGUCACUUGGCCUCUUUGACACUAUUUCUGUGAGGCUGACAUCUUUCCCACUUGCUCAUCCAUUUUCUCAACCACAGGGGAAAGGCAGUUACAGAUAUGGACACUUCCUUUGUGCCAGCCACAGGGAGUAGACAGAUGUGAAGGGUCCCCUCUCCCCCUCCAGCUCAGGGUCUAGUGGAGCAGGGGAGGGGCUGUUAUAGUGGCCAUGAGAAACUCCCUAACAGAGGAGUCUGUGUGCUGUGCAGGGCCCCAAGGGGGGUCAGCUGACAUGCCCAAGGUCAUCACAGUGGCUUUACACUGGUUCUGAGGAAUCUGUAGUGUUGUCCCAGCAAGGCAAGGGAAGGGUAGAGAGAAGAGCAUGUGUGACGACUCAGAGGCUUGGGAAACCCAGGUGUGAUUGCAGAGUAGGCAGUUGAGUAUUCAGCAUGUCUGUCUGUGUCUACCCAAGGGGAGGAGGAGAGUGGGUGGGUGAGGACAGAGGUAGGGCACAGAAAAGGGGAGAAGUAUGAUGCUAUUGACUUUCUCAGGUCACCCUCUGAUACAUAUCUUGGGCUCAGAACUGAAGCUGCAGAGACUAGGUUGGGAAGGUGAGGGUGCAAUCUGAGAGCAAGGCUCUGGGGCCAAAAUGUAAGAGGGAUUCUAGGGCCAGGUUAUAUACCAGCCCUUGGGAAGGGGGAAAGAUGGGCAGGGCCCUCCAUGGAUUCUCUAGUCUUGGGGUAACCCUGGCUAGGCUCCUUGGUCCUGCCCUAGAACAGCCAUCAGAGAGACUCGGUCUAAGUGGGAGCAGAAAAUAAGGUGAGGGUUCGGAAGAACUGGGCAUCAGAGUGCCCUGACCCCCAAUUGUCCUGAGAGCCGUACUCCAUGAGCACAGAGAGAGAUAGGACCCAGGGGAGCCCCCUGCUGCCUAUCUUCAAUUUGGCCAGUGGGUAGGUUUGAGCAUCUGUGUUCCUGGUGGUCUCCAAGUCCUUCCUGGAAUUCUCCCAAAACCCACACUGAUGUGAAGCUGUUCUUGACCUGCCUAUAAUAUCACUUAGUUCGGUUCAGAACAGGGAAGGCCAAGGCCUUUGUUAACGUUCACUGGUACGGGAUGACUCCACAGUCCAAUCUGCGAAGGUCCUCAUUGAGGCUGUUUCUCCUGAGUUGUAGCAUGGAAAUUCCUCAGGAAUUAGAAGGGAAGUCAGGACACACAUGUACCCCAGAACAAUUUUUAAAAGACACAGAAGAACACCAGAAAGGGCCAAGGUGUGGAGAGAGGACUAUAGCCAGGCAUGACCACUGGGCUCCCUACCACCCCAGGAGUCUGGGGAGAGCAACAGCUCUCUUCACAUGGUUGCACUGGUGCAUUCAUGGAGGCCAGGUGCUCAGAGCCUUCAUCUUCUAGGUGGAAUGUGCCUGCUCCCGUGGCCUGGUACUUUACAGCCUAGCUAGGAGUACAGGUGAGUAGAAUGAUAAGUGUCAGGGCCCAUCCGGUUCACGCUGAGGCACCUCACACUUGGCAGGUGCUUCCAGAUGUUGUAUGAGCAAGGUGCAGAGGCUCUUGCAGCUGCUACCGCUCUCCUGCACCCUUCAUCCCAGGUCUGCCUCUGUAGGCAACCUCAUCAGAAACAGGAAAUGCGGGCUCUGUCUUUCCUCUGGGCAAAGUCCAUUUGUUUAAGGUAAGUCUCAUUGACAGAUUCUUGGCUUCUCAGUGAAGAAAAUAAUGUCUCAACCAGCCAAGGGGAGUAAGAGCUGAUCUUACAUGGGGCAGCAGUGUAAAUGCAUCAGGAACCAAUUAAAACACAAGAACCAAACCUGGUCUAUAGAUCCCAUCUCUAAUAGCAAGGCUAUGGAGUUACCCAAACCUGUGUUAAAACAUGUCAUUUUUGUGGAUUUCAUCUCCUGUUGUGGAUCAAUUUGGAAAACCAAAAUAUAUCAUUUUUAAAAACUAAAACACAUUCUGAUCAUCCCAGUGAUGUGUAAAUGAGAGAAAAGAAUAGACAGACUUCCAAACCCUAGGAAGAAAACUGCUUAAUUAUGUGAGCAUCUUAUAAUGAAGUCUCUUGCAGCUAAAAUUAGAUUUUGAGUGCAUGAAUAUGCGAUCAUGUUUGUACAUCAGAAUGCAUGUUUUUUCUUAAAAGUAGCAAGAGCUACUUGGUUCUUAGUGGGCCCCAAGAGGGAAGGAGGUUGAUUGUUGUGGCUGCAAGAAUUCUUGGGGCACAAGUGUGUUUUCUUUUUGCUGGAAGCUCCUUGGAGGUGUUUGAAGUGUGGUACUCCAAAGGGAUUCAUUUAAAUUUGGGGAGAAACUGGUCUGACCUCACACUGACU